CGCCGGGUGGGUGGCUGCGGUAGUGGCGCCGUAGUGCCGGCAGAUCCCCCCAGGGCCCGCAGUGGAGCGGAGGCCUGCCAAGCCUGGACGUGAGAUCCCGGACAGGAGGAAGGAACCCGUCUGACACACCAACAUGGACCUGGAUACCAAAAUGAAGAAGAUGGGCUUAGGUCAUGAGCAAGGAUUUGGAGCUCCCUGUUUAAAAUGCAAAGAAAAAUGUGAAGGAUUUGAACUGCACUUCUGGAGAAAAAUAUGCCGUAAUUGCAAGUGUGGCCAAGAAGAGCAUGAUGUCCUCUUGAGCAAUGAAGAGGACCGAAAAGUGGGAAAACUUUUUGAAGACACCAAGUACACCACCCUGAUUGCAAAGCUAAAAUCAGAUGGAAUUCCCAUGUAUAAACGCAAUGUUAUGAUAUUGACCAAUCCAGUUGCUGCCAAGAAGAAUGUCUCCAUCAAUACUGUUACCUAUGAGUGGGCUCCUCCUGUCCAGAAUCAAGCGUUGGCCAGACAGUACAUGCAGAUGCUGCCUAAGGAUAAGCAGCCAGUGGCAGGCUCAGAGGGGGCACAGUACCGGAAAAAGCAGCUGGCAAAGCAGCUCCCUGCACAUGACCAGGACCCUUCCAAGUGCCAUGAGUUAUCUCCCAAAGAGGUGAAGGAGAUGGAACAGUUUGUGAAGAAAUACAAGAACGAGGCUCUGGGAGUAGGAGAUGUCAAACUUCCCUAUGAGAUGGACACUCAAGGACCUGACAAAAUGUACAUUCCUGGUGGGGACAGAAAUACCCCAAUAACAGUGGGCACCAUGGAGAAUGAAUCUGCAGAGCACAAAAAAAAACAAUAUUCCUGCUUUUGCUGCAAACUGAGUAUGAAGGAAGGUGACCCAGCCAUCUAUGCUGAAMGAGCUGGCUAUGAUAAACUGUGGCACCCAGCUUGUUUUGUCUGCAGUACCUGCUCUGAACUCCUGGUUGACAUGAUUUAUUUCUGGAAGAAUGGGAAGCUGUACUGUGGCAGACAUUACUGUGACAGCGAGAAACCACGAUGUGCUGGCUGUGAUGAGCUUAUAUUCAGCAAUGAGUACACCCAGGCCGAAAACCAAAACUGGCAUCUGAAACACUUCUGCUGCUUUGACUGUGACAAUAUCCUAGCGGGGGAAAUAUAUGUAAUGGUCAAUGACAAGCCUGUAUGCAAGCCCUGCUAUGUGAAGAAUCAUGCUGUGGUGUGUCAAGGAUGCCACAAUGCCAUCGAUCCAGAAGUGCAACGCGUGACCUACAACAACUUCAGCUGGCAUGCAACCACAGAGUGCUUUCUGUGCUCCUGCUGCAGCAAGAGCCUCAUUGGGCAGAAGUUCAUGCCCGUAGAAGGGAUGGUUUUCUGUUCGAUAGAGUGCAAGAAAUUAAUGUCUUAGGAGGAGAGAACCAAGCAAUAUUGAGCCAUAUCUAUCCAAAGUGGUCUGCAUUUCUACUGUAAAAUGCAAUUUGGAAAAAAAAAUAAUAAAAGGGGAAACAAAACU